AUGAAAUACCCAACAUUUGUGCCCCUGCUGUUCACUGAGAAGGUUCGAGUCAAGAAGAUGGAACGCAAGUGGCUGCGGAUGCUGUUUUGGAUCAGAAGGGAGGAGUUUAUUCAAAGAGAAACUUGCUCACAAAUUGUUGAGAAAAUCCAGGCAGAAUGCGCGGUUACUUUGUGCGGCUUGGCUUUGCCUUUGGAGCUAGAUGCUUCAAACGAGAGAGUGAAAUUAGACCUGCAAGUUCUGUCUGAGCACACAUCUCCAGCGUAUGUCUUACAAAUUGGAGGCUUACAUGAGCCACCCAAACUCAAGGAAGCAGUUGGUGGUGCAGUGGUAGACACCCUCUUGGACAUCUAUGUGGCUCAUGGUGGAAAGUAUGACAGGUUGCAGUUGGGCCACUCCAAGCAAUUGAGCGCUUCCACUGUCACGGAUGAGAUCAAGCAGUGUUUGCGAAAGCGACACCUGGCACAAAAGCUUUGCCAGGAGGAGCAGGAGACAAAAGACUCCUCAGUGGACAACCUACUGGAAGCUUUUCAGAGUUGCAGAGGGAAAGUGCUUGAGACUAAAAACCUCAGAAUAGCAGCUGGCUACAGAACUUUGGCCUGCUAUCUCUUGCAAUCACAUGGGUACGAGCAAAUGGAAGUUUGGCCUGAGGAUGCAGACCACAGUGCGAUCCUGGUUGAUUUGAUACUGCAACACGAUGGUGGCGUGGAGAGCAUGAAGGGCGUGCUGAGCAAAGCAGUUGAAGAAGAUUUACGGGGGAGAGAUUGGAAGUCCUUUUUGUCUAGCUUGUGUGAAAAGCAGUCAAUGCCAAAUCUGCUGCAGGCUUGGCGUAGCAAAGGCCUUCCAGAUGGGACAGCUUUGGAAAUGUUGGUCGGCUUGGGCAGACUUGAAGCUGCAGCAGAGAGCGCGUGUGAGGGCCUUGCUGAGGAUAUCAAGGAAGCUGCUGUAGAGAAGCUGCAGCAGCGGAAGAGGUCCAAGCUGGCCUGGACUUUGAAGAGGUGUGCAGACACACAUGGGUUACCAAGUGAAGUUGAGGAAAUGAUAGCAAAGGUCAUCAUUGAUCUCACUGAGGGGGAAAGCUCGACUUUCAGAAGGGCAGAACCUGUGGACUUUUCUGACCUUGCUGAGACCAUGCGGGUGGCAGUGGAAGCUGUCAAUGAAGAGGUGGCUGUAAGCCUUGAAGAUGUGCGCCGACACAACCAAUCCCUAUUGUCAGAGCUGGCCAAUGGUAGCAUUAAGGCUGAGGAGUGUGAGGACGGCUUGCUAGAGGAGCCAAAACCGGUAAGUUUGAAGAGCAUACCAAACAUGGUGCGCUCUCUCAAGAAGAAGUAUGGCUUCAGCCGUCAGAAGGUUAACACCGCCGGCACGUACCUGGAACCCGAUGACCCUGUGAUGCUAGAGAGUUUAGCACGAUUCCAGAAGUACCGUCAAGAUGAGCAAAUACCCCUGGAACUGACGCUCAACUAUGACCAGACUUGGGUGCAGCCAUGGAGAUCUAGCAAGGCAAUUACCAUGCGAAAGCAAAGCAAAAAGUCAGGUAGAAAAGCUGUGACAAGGGUGACAGCAAUAUCUGGAGCUCGAGCUGGUAUAACCAUGGUGACAAGUUCUUGGGCAUGCGGCCAAAGGGGGCCUCUAUUCAUCUGCGUUGGGAAGGGCGCAGUGAAAGAAUCCUUUGUGACUGAGCUGAACCAAAAGUAUGAGGGCGAGGUGAUGCUCAUACGGAAUGACUCCAAGACUCAUUUCAUGAACUCGGAGUCAACCCUGGUGAUGUAUCAAGAGUUGCUCACAAAGGCGUUCCAGAAGCAGCGGGAAAAACAUCACAUGGAAUCCCAGAGAGGGCUAUUGGUGGCCGACGGCUUCACCGGCAACUACAGCAAUCACUCGGGGCUGGGCCUUCUGCGCCACAAGUGGGCUGCUCUGAACAACAUCCGCUUGCCGUCAGUGGAGCCGGGGGGUUGGUCAGCCCACGGCCAACCCCAGGAUCAAAUCCACGGGUUCUUCAAGUCCAUGAACGAUGCAAGCGCCCAAAAAGAACUGCAAUUCAGCAAGCUGCAGAUUGGAACUUCUGGGCAGUCCUACAAGAAGGCCUCUGUGGACAGCUGUAUCCAGUUGGUUGUGGACAACUGGUUGCAAUUUCCAUCUAUUCUCUUGCAGAAGGCUUGGGUCAGGACCAGGCAUGUCUCUUUGGAAGAGAUGAAAGCCAUGAAUGGCUCCACUGAUGAUGACUUUGCUCAAUCAGAGCAGUGGUGCGACCCAUCAGGCCUUGCAGGCGUUCUGGGAUAUGAAGGAGCUUCGGCCCCCAAUGCAGAUGACAUGGAAUUGAACCAAGUGGACAGGAAAGUGCUCUUGUGGGAGAUCAAGAACCCGGACACUGACCAGUGGGCCUUGCUGCCAGCUUCCCUAGUGUUCAGUUUGGAGAAACGGUUGGCCAACUAUGUGCACCAGGUUGCCCAGAAGCAGCCCAUGCCAGUUUGGGCCAGUGUUUGCUGGAACACCCGCUUAGCCAAAGAAGCUUCUCCUUCGUGGGUGGCUCAGAAUACUGUGCACUCACCUGGUGGCAAGAGGCACUUCUCCGACAAGAUCUCAAAAAAGGCGUCCAAAGAGCUUGUUUUACUUCAUUUCCAGUGCGACAAGCUCCAGUUGGUGGUUGGAGACGAGGGGAAGGUGAGGCAAUUGAACUAUGUCAUGCUGAACCCGGACAGCGUGGACCCAAGCAUUUCUACCUUUUCAGUGGCAGAUGUGCACAAGCAGUUCGCAG